AUGAUGGAUGAAGUCUGUGAAACGUCAAAUGAUAGCUUUAAAGUGAAAGAAAGAACAACUUUUCCUUGUCAAACUGGUUGGGUUACGUUUGACGAACCAGACAAGGAGUCAAGAGUGAUUGAAUGUCCCGCUGAAGAAAAGCCUUCCGAAGAAAAUGGACGAUAUCUUUCACUUUUGGGUAAGUUUGACAUCGAAGCGUACGUACAUGGGCAGUUCAACGAUGUUAUCAAAGGAUUAUUUUUUGGUUAUCAAACUUUAAAUAUAGAAAGCCAUAUAAUUUGUCUACCUUAUCAUGUAGAAAAAAGGUAGAGGGAAACUCUUGCAAAAUAUUUGGAAUUUUUUAUUCCUUCUGGCACUUGACUUCUUCCCCAUAAACAGAAUCCCCCUUCCCUUAGCCACACCCCUCCCCACCUGCACCCACCGGACUGCAAGCAGUUCAUUUCAGGCAGUUGAGUCAAGGCUCUGGCCGUUUUGUGUGUGCUCAAUCUGCCCACUUGUGCGACCACUAUGCAGGGCUGUCAACCCCCGCCGUCUUCAAAUAUUGAGAAUUGAUAGGCAAGGGAUGAUAGAUGAUGUCAUAACGUACAGCACAUUACGUCAUUUGUGCCAAAAAUACUUAUUGACUCCAAUCGUCACAAAUUUGCGAUGACAUAAAACGCACAAAAAAGAUGUUGAUAACAUUGUAACAUUCAAUCUGAUUGGUGUACUUCCCACCAAUCUCAUUAUUUCUUACAUUUAUAUUACACUGGCACAUCAGACUGAUGUAUAUUGAUGUACGUUUGAUGUACUGUUAACAGUAAAAUAGCUCAAACAACUCAAAAUAUUUUAAACUUCAUUACUGGAAAGUCAAGUCUACAGGAAAUGGCAAACUUUGGCAAUUAUCUGGGAGGUUUCAGACUCUAAUCUAGAGACCGGUAGAUAUGGUCCAAAAUCGGGAGUCUCCCAGAUUAUAUGGGAGAGUUGACAGAACCGACUAUGAGAGACUGUUUGCAGUCUAUCACUUUGGUUCCUGACUUGUAUAUUAAUGGAAAGUGAAUUGGUAAAAAAUCCAGAGAUAUGGACUGAAAAAGAGUUUAAAAUAAGGCUGGUAAAUUUAAAUGAAAACAUUGUCUUUUUACCCACCUUGGAAAACACAAUAAAAGUGUUUCUUUAUUUCAGAGAAGGAAUUACAGAGACUGCAGGAAAAGAAAAGAAAGCCUUUAUCCUCAAAAGACAUGAUAAAGACAUUACAAGAAGCCAAGGAGAGUCACAUGAAGGAACUAAUGGACAACAGUGAACCAACAGGGUCUUUUGUUAUAGUUGAGAGUGAAAUGAAUGGAAAUUCUUGCUGUUUCCCAAUGUACAGAGCUUUGUUUCCCAAACAGCCCAUAAACAAUGAAGAACUUGAAUGCUUAGUUGAAGAUGAUGAUCAGCAGAACAGAUAA